AUGGACGAAGACCCGAACCAGACGCAAAACCAAAAUGUUGACACUGCACCUCAGAACAUGCCACUUAACAACCAAGAUAACCGACGCACCGAUCAAACCAUCACACUCCGCAGAGCAGGUGUGCCGGGUAUUCUGAACUCUAACAUGCUAGGAACGCCCUGGUUUGAUUUCUGGACUGGAGCUGUGGAUACAAUCACGCUUUCUGGUGUCGAAAUUGUCUCGAUCGAGAACACUGCAACAGAAACUACGGAUCACGCUACCAAUACAGCGCCAGAACAAAACCAAGACGAGAUCAUCAGCACUGAAGACGCAGGGUUUCAGAUCGACAACGGUACAGACGCGACAGCAACGACAACAGACUCUUCUGAACUUCCCCAAGAAACCUUCCAGGCAAUUGGUGAUGACGACAUGGGAUUCAUGCUCUACACCGAUGAGGAACUGGACUCAUUGGCCAGUGAACUUUUCAGCAAUGCUUCUGAUCUGCCGCAAGAAAGAUUCCCCCAAGAAAGAUUCCCCCCUUUGUCUCCUGAGUCUCUUUCUGCUGUGUUCGCUCAUGGAACAUCCCUCCCAGCUCGCGAGACCGAUGAAUCACUACAGUGUGCAGCAUGUCUCGAAGAGACACUCAACCUCAUCCUCCUGCCUUGUGGCCACCAAUAUUGUCGACCCUGUCUGAACGACCUUAUCAGAGAAGGUCUCGCGAACCGAGGAUCCUUCCCGCCCAGAUGUUGCACCAGCCCACUUGCUGGGGCCAUCAACAUCGCGUCUAUUCAAAAACACCUAGACCCCCACCUUGUCACGCGCUACUUCAGCGUGGUUGAAGAGUUCUCGGUUCCCGAUCCUGUGUACUGCGCCAACCCGGUCUGCAGCCGUUUUUUCCAGCAUGGCGACCUUCGAGACCUCCUUGACAACAAGUUUGUCCAGUGCACAGACUGUGGCGCUAUCACGUGCGUGGAGUGCAAACAAAGCCUUCAACGCCAUGUCGGUGAAGACGGAAGGACCUGCCGAGAGAAUGAAGACCUGAUGGACGCCGAGGACCGCCAACUCGCCAACGCCAACCGCUGGAGACAAUGCCCUAACUGCAAGAACCUCGUCGAAAAGACCGAGGGCUGCAAUCACGUCGUCUGUGAUUGCGGCACCGAGUUCUGUUACGGGUGCGGCGGGGCCAUCAGCACAGUCGGGCCGGACUGUGACUGUAUGGACGAGGGCGAGGAGGAACCGGAGGAGGAAGAGCAGGCAGCGGCCCCUGCGGCUCUUCCGAUGGACCCCGUGGAAGCCAUGAGGGCAUUUGAUGCCUUUGUGGACGCCGGCGAUACCCUCCGACAGCGACUCCGGGCCACCAUCGAGUCGAGCGACCCCCAGCUCCGUAACGCCAUGAUCAGGGUGUUGCGGCGGGUGGAGGAGGAGGAGACCCUGGUGCGCCUUGAGAUGGCGGCGCUGGCGGCGGAGGAGGAGCACUCUGCCUCGCCAUAG